GGCGCUUCAUACCAGCCAUCACGCUAUCAUCGGAUCUGUCAGGUGAUUCGUUAAGGAUGAUUUCAGUGUUUUCACCUGAUGUAAGCGGUCAUCGCAGUUUGUUUUAUAAGCGCUUAGUGGGUCAUUUGUGUGAUAAAUGCUGUAUUUCUGAUUCAGGAUGGAUCUUCCAACUGAACUGAUCUCAUAUAUUAUGAGAUUCUUAACAUCUUCUGAGCGCCAUGAAGCAUCCCUGGUCUGCAAGAAAUGGUACUAUGCAUCGCUGGACCCUGCCCUGCACCAGAGCUCUGUCAUAACUCUCCGAGCCAGUAAUAGCACUGGGGAGAAGUUCCACCAUCUGGGACAGCGCAAGAGCCCCAGCCUGGUGGUGAGCCACGUUGAUGGGUCCCGUGACUGUGGCCAAGUCCUGGAGGAGAUUGGCCACCACCUGGGCCCACAUCUGACCAGCCUCAGCCUGCGGGGAUCCGACGUCACCGAGACUGUCUUUGUCGGGAUUAUCGGCCACUGCCCUGGGCUGCAGCGGCUGGACGUGAGCUGCUGCAACAGCCUCUUCAUGUCUGGGAACCUGCUGCAGAAGGCGGAGGACCGGGAGAAAGUGGCCCAGCCACUCGAGAAUGUCACCUCCCUCAACCUUGCCUCCAACCGGUACCUGUCAGACAUCCUCUUCAACAGACUUGUGGGCGUAAUGCCCAGUGUGGCCAAGCUCUCGCUGGCAUCCUGCAACAUCAUCCAUCAGAGCGAUGCCUACAUCAGCGCUGAUCGAAAGUCCAGUUCCUUCAUGUCCUUGUCCAACUUCCUGAUGUACCUGCAGCAUCAUGCAGACAAGAUCCUGUCCCUGGACCUGAGCUGCACCGGGAUAGGAAGUGAGGCACUCCAUCUCAUCAGCCAUGUCAAGGGCCUGGUGCUAGAGGAACUGACCCUAAAAAAGUGCAGUGGAAUCAGCAACGAGGGAGUCGCUAGUCUCGUCAAGAAGCAGUCCUCGCUCCGAUCCCUCGAUCUCAGCAGCGUAGCGUCCCUGAACAGCCCAUCCCUGAUCGCCAUCUGCAAGUAUCUACCUCACUUGGAGCACCUGAACGCCAGCGAGUGGUCCCAGUUAGAGCCCCAGGCAUCAGAGUACCUCUCCUCAUUGCGGCACCUGAAGUCUGUCAACAUGUCCAACUGCUACCACGUCGGCCUGCACCACCUGUGCAAGGGACUCGGAAGCAGCAACUCCUCCCACCUGGUCUCGCUGAGCCUCGGGGGCUGCGGGUCCGUCCGCGAUGAGGUCGUCUUGAGCCUCGUGAAGAGCUUACCUCAGCUUGAGCAACUUGAUCUCAGCUCUUGCUUCGGCGUUGGAGAUUCCAGUGUACAUGCCAUUUCAAGGUUUUUGCCCAAUCUUAAGAAGCUUCGAUUAGCCUGGUGCAAGAAGAUCACCGACUUUGGAUUGCUGGGCCUGGAUCAGAAUGCACCGGUCUUCAUCACCGACAACGAAGCCACCAAGCACUACAGCGACCGCUUCACCAAGAGCCACAGCAACAUGGGUUUCUUCAAGCGCCCGUCCUUCAACGAGAAGAUCCUGAAAAUCCCGGAGAAGGAGAUUCAGAGGCUGAUGGAUGCCCCAGACCAGGUCAACCUGACGGCGCUGACCAGGCUGGAAUCAUUGGAUCUGACGGCCUGCAACCACCUGACGGACAUCUGCGUAUCCCACGCUGUCCGCUUCCCCUGUUUGCACUCGCUCACCCUCAGCCUCUGCUCCAACAUCACCGAUCAGAGCCUGGCUGCCCUGGCAGCCAACAACCCCAACCUGGUGGAGCUGCUGAUUGGCCACUGCCACCAGGUGACUGACGCAGGAUUGAAGGUUCUUGUCCAGCGGCGCAGGGGGCUGAGGUCGCUGGAUGUCUGCGGCUGCGAGAAGGUCACGGACGCCACACUGCUGGCCCUGGGCCAAUACACCAAGCACCUGCAGCAUCUCAACAUCUCACAGUGCGGUGGCGUGACCAUGGCGACAGCCGAGAAGCUACAGCAGCAGGUACCCACUCUGAGGUCACUGCAGAUGGCGCACAUAUCCAGCGGUGGCUCUGCCUUCUACCACUACCAGCCAAUCAGUUUUUGAGACAGUAAAAGCUCAAUUACAGUGACCAUUGACCAUUGACCAGUCACUAUUGAUGCAUGUCAAGUAAAAUCUGACCAAUUCAAGCUUCACUUUUAUGUGAGAGUUUUUAAGUCCUAACACUUAUUCAAAAAAAUUCAGUCAAGAUUUUUUCAGAUAGAACGCACAUAUCAUGUAUGCAGAAGGAUGUAAAAAUAAACCAGCCUUUCUUUUAAAUGUGUAGUUACUAGCAGAAAAACCAUCUGCUGUUGAAAUGGGACAUGCUGAAGUAUGUUAACACAUUCACCAGGCCAGCUGGAGCUUGGGAUGUGUACACACCCACAGGUUUGCACUGUGCCAACCACUUUCCAUAAUGAUUGUCACAGAGCAGUUAUUUUCUGCGUGAAGGUAGGCACUGACCAUACAGUCAUCCUGCUGUUGGUCCAUGGGGACAUUAAUGUUCACAGUUUGUGUAAUCUCACAAACAGUAGGCUUUAUCUCCUUAACAUUCUGGGAAGUAUUCUUCCAAACUUUUCGGUGGAAAAGUUAAUGGAAUUAUGUACCUUUUGUGUUUGUUAAAAUACUGCAAUAUACCCAACGAAAUACCAAACUUUUUCCCAGUGUGUGAACUUUCUAAAAUAGCAUCUCUGGGCAUUGAAUCCAAGGGCAUUGACAAAGGAUCAUAUCCAUUUCCUGGUUCUAAAGAUGAAAACAUUUUCUAAUUCAGUUCCUAUCACCAGCAAUAAAAUCCCAUGGAAAGUUUACACGACAUUCAAUGUGUACACAUCUGCACAGCACACAGGUGUGUGUGCAGAUUUGUUGGUUAGCUUGACGAAAAUUUGUAAAAAGUCAGUUUUAUUGAAAGUGGUUAUGGUGGAAGUAACUCUUUAUCAGAUGAAGGUUUGAACAUAAGGACCAUAAAUAAUGCCCUUAAUGCACAUUUAUAAAGCACAAACCAUAUCCCCCAUGAUAAUAGACACUGUCAACAUACAUCCCCUCUUCCUACGGUAAAUCUAUUCUUGUAAAAAAAUUCAACUUAAUCUUCUUGAAGUUAACAUGUACAUGUACCUCCAUAUUGUAUAAAAUGGUAGUCAUUUUAUGUCAGUUUGUAAUUUAAUAUUUCAAGCAUUCGAUGUCUCAGAUUGAUUCUUUGCUUGUAAACUAUUUUGACACAUCUUUGAUUUUAAAUAUAAUUGUAAUGUAUAUGUGUGUAAAUAAAAUUCUGAGAUGAUUUUUACACUUGAUGCAUAUAUUAUACAGAGAGAGAAAUAUCAAUUAAUCCUUGGAGAAAUGCAAGGGGGAAGAUUUUGAUUAGAUUUGAUACCCACAACACUGAAAUUAUUUGGUUAAAGUGUAUUUAUAGUUUUGAAAGUUUAAAUUUGAGAAAUGCCUUAUUAUACAUCAUCAUAUACAUGUACAUCAAUAUUUUGCGAGAUUGUGUUGAUACAAUCAACUGCCAAGCUGUAAGCAGUUUAAUAACGUACACGGGAAAGCUUGAAUUCUGUGGGAACCCUCGGAAAACUUUGGGUCCACGUUGUUUUUGAACAGUUGAUUGCUUUGCAAAUUUAAUGCCUAAAUCCACAUCAAAUGAGUAAGUAGUCAGGAGCAAUGUACAUGUACACUACAUGACUGUGAAGGACUGGUAGUGUUUUCUUCCAUAAUAGCUUUUUCUUUGCUGUAAACUGGGCUUGAUUAAAUGUAAAUCUUUGCAGGAUUUGAAAUUUGAUUAGUUUUUUACGGUUAAAAAUAAAAAUCAAAUUAUGUGUCGUUUACAUCCUUUCUGUUCCUGUGACAGACUUUUUUCAGUAAUCGCAUAAACUUGUAGGUACAGUAGUGUAAGAGGCUGGAGAACUCAGUUACUAAGAGUCGGUAGGAGUUUUCCUGCACGAGCCUUGAUGAGUAGUCAAGGGCGGAUCCAGAAAACCAAAUGUCCAGGUGGUGGAAGGGGAGAGGUGGGCAACAUUUUGGAACUUUCAUAAAGUACUAACUUUCUGUGGCCUUUGUGGAGGUUGCUGGUACAUUGUGGUGCAUUUUACACCUCACCAAUCCGUCAUUUCCUCUGGCCAGUUGGUUCUGUCAUUAUUUCCACUCCUUGACAAGAGUGACUGGAAGUGUUAUGAGUCAGUAGCUGCAGAAUGGGCGGUGAUACCCCUAGUUAAAUGACGUGUGGGGAAAAAAAGUACCACGGAAUUAGGACAUUACUCGUAUCAGUACACAGGUUUGUAUAAUUUCCUGCCAAGGGUUUUCAAUAAAGAGUAAUCAUUGAAAGAAAUCUGAUAGUCAUUCUAA